AUGGAUCGUAACUCACAGAACCGUUCAGCCCCCCUCGAUUCAACAGGUAAAGAAGCUUCCCGUCGUAUUGAUGAACAAAUAGAACUAAUUAUAAUCAAAUUACAAUGGAAAUUAUAA